CGUUAGGCAGUGCUAGCUGUUGUACUUGUGGGCUGGAACUUAACUGCUCCGUUUUGACCCAAAAAAACAAAUUCCGCGAAUAAUGCGCUUUCUGGUGUAGUGGGUUUGCAUGAUGUCGGAUUCGUUGCUUCGUUGGUGUGUGGAUCAGUUAAAUAAUAAGUUUGGUCUGGAAGCGAGCGAUGACAUUGUUCAGUAUAUCCUGUCCAUCGACAAUGCUGAUGAAAUUGCGGAGUAUGUGGGGGAUCUCCUGCAAGGAACUGGAGGAAAGAAGAAACAGUUCAUUGAUGAGCUGUUAGAACGAUGGCAGUGGUGUCGAAAACAGGCUGACAGUGGGCCAGAACUGAUCCCCAUGAGGGAGACAGUGACAGAAAGUCCAGAUGUUACAAAGGACACCCAGAAGAAGGCGAAGCGAAAAGGCAGGAAUAAACAAGAGGUCUUCUCUUUCAGCCAAGCUGAGCCUGAGCCAGAAGCCGUAAAGACUCCCAUAGACUUGCUUAAGGCACAAGAGAACACCAGCUCUUCCUCCACGAAGAAAAAGAAUAAGUUUGUAAACUUGUAUGCUAAAGAGGGCCAAGAUAGGCUUUCUGUUUUACUGCCGGGACACCAUUCCUGCGACUGCCUGGCCCAGAACCACAAACUUAUCAACAACUGCAUGACCUGUGGCCGGAUCGUGUGCGAACAGGAGGGCUCAGGUCCAUGUUUCUUUUGUGGCAGUCUGGUGUGCACUAAAGAGGAGCAGGAGAUCCUGCAGCGGGACUCAAACAAAAGUCAGAAACUUCGGAAGAAACUCAUGGGAGAUCGUGUUGCAUCUGAAGGAUUGGACAUUCUACCUCACCAGGAGGCCAGGAUUAAAGCAGGAUUGGAUAAGGCUAUUCAACACAAAGAUAAAUUACUGGAGUUUGACAAAAACAGUGUUCGCCGAACUCAAGUCUUGGAUGAUGAGUCAGACUAUUUUGCCACUGACUCCAACCAGUGGCUCUCUCCAGCAGAGCGUGAGGUGCUGCGAAAGAAGGAGGAAGCGCUUCGAGAACUUCGUCACGCCUCCCGCAAAGACCGCAAGAUCACACUGGACUUUGCAGGCAGACGAGUGCUGGAGGAAGGGGAGAACCUGACUCAGUAUUACAAUAAGUUUGAUGAGACUGUCAAAGCCAUCAAUACUGGAACUCUGGUCCAGACACCAAAGAGCUCGGGCCCAACUGGCCGGCAGCACCUCAGGGAGCUGGUCAACCCAAACAUUGUACAGACUGCACCUCAGUGGGUGGACGUUGGUGGUGGUGAGGCCCCUCGCAGGUCUCAAGUGAAGGCCGCAGGAAGUGAGCAGAAGGCUGAACGAUCUAGACUCCGGCUGCAGGACAGAGAGCUACAGGAGAUGGCAGACGGGGGCUAUUGUCUCAGCAUGCAUCAGCCAUGGGCCUCACUUCUCGCCUGUGGUAUAAAGAGAGUGGAAGGCAGGACGUGGUAUACCUCCCACAGAGGGCGCCUGUGGAUUGCUGCUGCGGGCAAAAAACCCAGUCCUCAGGAAAUCGCCCAGGUGGAGGCCAUGUAUCGGCAGAUUUAUAAGCAAGAUGUGCAGUUUCCUAAAGAGUACCCCACCGGCUGCCUGCUUGGCUGCGUCAACGUGACAGACUGUCUCUCCCAGGAACAGUUCAGAGAGCAGUAUCCCCAGAUCAGCGAGGAGUCCGCCUCUCCAUUUGUCUUCAUUUGCACCAACCCCCAGGAGCUGCUGGUGAAAUUCCCUGUAAAAGGAAAACACAAGAUCUGGAAGCUGGAGAGUCAGAUUCACCAAAGUGCCAAGAAGGGGUUAAUGCAGCCAGCCUGACCUCAACAAAGCAGUGUGGGGCAAGAGGCUAGAGGAACAGAGUUUCCAGCCAAUGGAUGCCUUAUGCCGGCCGUGUCAUGCUGCAGUGAGAUUCAACAUGGAACACUGCUUCACACAGGACAUAGUGACAGUCAUAAAUCUCUAACCAGAAAUCUACCAGAAAUUUCUGGCUUAAUUCCAUAAUUUUGUUGCAAUAUACUGCAUUUUUUUCUGCAAGAAAACAUUUGUGCUUGUUUACACAAGAGAAAUUGUAGAUUAAAACACCCCAAAUUCAUUGAUUUCAGAGAUUUCCGUGUAGUUAUUUACACAUCUUCCCCCUUAUUUUUGACUGAACAACCCCAUAAAAGAAUUUCUCAGCAGAUUUGAGACUGAAAAAGCAGGAGCCGCUUGACUGAGCAUGGAAUGUCCUGCUUUCUAAAGACCUGAUUGUGCUGCAGAGCCAUAUUGGAGCUGCCCUUGUGAUUUGGACCACAAUGGCUGUCAGAGGCAGAGACACUCAGGUUUUGGACAAGCUCCCCUUAAAGUGAUUGAGGAGCCUCUUCGUGACACAAGCAUCUCUACACCAGAAAGAGCAAACAACUGUGCCAAAUGGCUCCCGGUAAUGGCCGGCUUCAGGAUGGGAACAAUGGCACAAAAGCGUAGGCUGUGAGUGAUUUUUUUUUUUUUUUUUUUUUUUUUUCCCUAGACCAACGAGAGCAUCAAUAAUUAAGUUUUUCUUGUAUAACGUCUUUCCUCGCCAACUACAUCCAUGCAGUACAAAGUGGCAGAAUGUCUACACUCAUUCCUCUAAUAAACGAUCAGAUUUAA